CCUUCCGCGCCCUGCUGCAGAUCCGGGCUGUGAGGAAGAAGCCGGGGGCUCUGUCGCCGGUGUCUUUCAGCCCUGUCUUGGCACAGAGCAUUGAUCAUGAUGAGCACUCUAGCUCUGACAACAUCCCUCCGGGCUACGAGCCCAUUUCCUUGCUGGAAGCGCUGAACGGCCUUCGCUCUGUUUCUCCCUCCAUCCCGUCAGCUCCUCUGUAUGACGAAAUCAACUACUCUGGAGUGGUGGAUGGGAUGCCGCCUGCGAGCCGACCCCUUUUUGGGAUGGACAGAGCUGUGGAGAGCAGCCACCAAAAGGGCAAGCGGAGCAAGUCUCCGGAUAG